AUGUUCAUAUCUAUCUAUCUAUCUAUCUAUCUAUCUAUCUAUCUAUCUCCGGUUUGGCUGAAAAAUUAUGCCUCUUUCCAAAAUCAGAAUUUAUUCUGGAAUCCAUACUUGAAUAAACCAAUAAUAUCUAUCUAUCUAUCUAUCUAUCUAUCUAUCUAUCUAUCUAUCUAUCUUAGUCAUUACCUAUCUGCAUAUCUAUUUAUUUAUAAAUUUAAUUCUGGUUGUACUUACAUAUAUUUCUUUCUUUAUUUCUUUAUUUUUCUAUCUAUCUAUCUAUCUAUCUAUCUAUCUAUCUAUCUAUCUAUCUAUCUAUCUAUCUAUCUCUUCAGCAUUUAUGAUCGAUCUAUCUAUCUAUCUAUCUAUCUAUCUAUCUAUCUAUCUAUCUAUCUAUCUAUCUGUUCGGUUGUUCAUUAUUUAAAUGUUUGUUCAUCUUUCUAUUUAUCUAUCUUAAUCUUUUCAUCUAUCUAUCUAUCUAUCUAUCUAUCUAUCUAUCUAUCUAAGAAUGUUCAUAUACAGUACCCUUGUCCGUUAUGUUUACUUUUACAGCAGUACCCCUGUCCGUCAUGUUUACUUUUACAGCAGUACCCUUGUCCGUUAUGUUUACUUUUACAGCAGUACCAUUGUCUGUUAUGUUUGCUUUUACAGCAGUACCAUUGUCCGUCAUGUUUGCUUUUACAGCAGUACCUUUGUCCGUUAUGUUUACUUUUGCAGCAGUACCCUUGUCCGUUAUGUUUACUUUUACAGCAGUACCCUUGUCCGUCAUAUUUACUUUUACAGCAGUACCAUUGUCCGUUAUUUGACUAUCUAUCUAUCUAUCUAUCUAUCUAUCUAUCUAUCUAUCUAUCUAUCUAUCUAUCUGAUUCUGGUCAUGAUCUAUCUAUCUAUCUAUCUAUCUAUCUAUCUAUCUAUCUAUCUAUCUAUCUAUCUGAUUCUGGUCAUGAUCUAUCUAUCUAUCUAUCUAUCUAUCUAUCUAUCUAUCUGAUUCUGGUCAUGAUCUAUCUAUCUAUCUAUCUAUCUGAUUCUGUAUGUUCUCUAUCUAUCUAUCUAUCUAUCUAUCACAGUCAACUCAUAUCUAUCUAUCUAUCUAUCUAUCUAUCUAUCUAUCUAUCUAUCUAUCGUACCCUGUCAUUAAUCUUUGUCAUUAUGGUCAUUAUCUAUCUAUCUAUCUAUCUAUCUAUCUAUCUAUCUAUCUAUCUAUCUAUCUAUCUAUCUAAUUCUGCUGAUGAUCUAAUUAUCUAUCCAUCUACCUAA